CGGCCGGGAGACGCCAGCCGCGCCGCCAGGCAUCGGCCGCUGGUCCUCCAUCCAUACCACACCGAUGACCACACACUGUUCGAGGUCGAACUAGGCAAUGAGCAGACCUCACUCCUCACUCAUCAGGUCCCGCUCUAUGCACAAGACGACGAGGUCGGCUCCGGAAACAGCUCCACAGCACCGCGGCUGGCACCAUCAGGCGGCGGGUCGCCACGGCUGAUCAUGCCGCGGCGGAAGCGGCACAAGAUCCCGCGGUUUAUCACCCAGUAUCUGCUCGUCUGGUCGGUGCUGUGGCAAGCUGCGCUCAUGCUCAUCUUGACACUGACAGAGGCCGGAUCGUCGACCUCGGGCUCGCACGCCGCGUCUGUCGAUAUUGGCAUCGGCGUCCUCGUCGUCUUCCAGUCAGUCAUGCUCCUGGCCAUCGUCAUGACCUCGAUCAAGCUAACCAAGCAGCUGCUGCAUGGCUCGGCCACAGGUGUCUUCCUUAUGCAGUCCUAUCUCUCCACUGUCCUUCUCUUUGCCGGCGUCUACACCCUACUGUAUCGCAUCCGCCCCUCGUCCUUCCGCGGCCUCCCCGCCUCGUUUGCUCACGAGACUACCGACGGCUCCGAGCUCAGCCACUCUUCCACCUACGCGGCCACCUUUAUCCGCAUGCUCUACUUUUCGCUCACCGCCAUGACCACCGCCGGCUUUGGCGACAUCGUCCCUGCCGUGUGGUACACCUACUUUGCCGUCUCACUCCAGCUCCUCAUCUCGGUCGUCUACACCGCCGUCAUCUUUGCCCGCGGCGUCGAGGCUCUUUCGCGUGCUCAUCAGGCCCGCGCUGCCGCUGAAGCUCGCGCGCAGGGCUUUCUCUCCACAGGCAGCCAUGGCUUUCUUGCCACCGGUGCCCAUCUGGUCUAGGAACCGCGUCACGCAUGACCGCAUCGUCUCUACCGCCACCACCACCGCCAUCAUCACCG